GGGGGGUCCAGCGCCAGUCCAAGAAAUCCGCGCGGGCCCUCGAACCUUUAUGUCGAUGCAGUCUUCUCUCCUGUUGCUGUCCCAGCUAUCGUUCGGCCCAACCUGGUCGCCGAGCGCGUAGGAGAUGACGGAGGCCACCGUGUCCGAGAAGGACGCGCAGGCGGACUACGAGACCCUGAUGGCGGACGCCGGCGACAAGCGCGCCGCGGACUCCAAGGCCGUCACCGAGAAGUCGGCCGCCAAGGCCCAGGGCGAGGAGGCCUUGCUGGCGGAGGAGGACAACAAGAAGGGCCUGGGCGUCCAGCUCAUGGAGACCACGCAGGUCAUCGCCAACCUUCACUCGGAGUGUGAUUGGCUGCUUCAGUACUUCGACGUGCGCAAGGAGGCGCGCGCAGAGGAGAUCGACGCGCUGGUCAAGGCCAAGGCCGUCCUCAGUGGCGCCGACUACUCGCUGGUGCAGACCGCGAGGAGGUCCCUGCGGCGCAGCGCGUGAGGCGGAGGCGGGCCGCCGUCCGACGUCUUCAGCCCCCACAUCCUGCGGAUCGAUUCGGCGAUCUGAUUUUGCCAGUCCUGCCGCUUUGGGGAGGAGGGACAGG